ACUGUGCGGCGGCGGCGAAGACGGCGGCUGUGGCGGCGGUGGUGGCGGCGGCGGCGGCGGCGGCCGGGGCGGCGACGGAGGAGACAGAAGAUGGCAGAUUUUUUGAAAGGAUUGCCUGUGUACAACAAAAGCAACUUUAGUCGAUUCCAUGCCGACUCCGUGUGCAAAGCCUCUAACCGACGUCCCUCAGUCUACCUGCCCACUCGCGAGUACCCCUCUGAACAGAUCAUUGUGACAGAAAAGACCAACAUCCUUCUCCGCUACCUACAUCAGCAAUGGGACAAAAAGAACGCCGCCAAGAAGAGAGACCAGGAGCAAGUGGAGCUGGAGGGGGAGAGCUCCGCGCCGCCCCGCAAGGUGGCGCGGACCGACAGCCCGGACAUGCACGAGGACACUUAGGGUGCGCGGCCCCCGCCCCCGCUGCUCCCCGGCCUCCCGCCCGCGCCCACCCCCGCCCGCCGCCCGCACCCCUUCAACCUCAUAGGAGCUGAUGUAUUUAUUUUCCUUGAGUUUUUAUUUAUGCUGUAACCCGUACGGUAUGGAGCAUUGGUUAAAGGGGCCCUGAGACCCGGUAGUGUGAUGUCGGUAGAUGCUUCUUCCAGACAACUGUCCCCGCCCCCGCCCCGCCCACCCCGCUUCCCACCCGGAGAACCGGAGAGCAGGCCGGGGGCUCGCGGGGGCCUGGAGGCUGGGCUGGGGGCCGCGGCGCCCCCUGGACAUCUGAGCAGCCUCCUCCCCCCUCCCGCCCGCCGGGCCGGGCCCCCGCUGGGACGGUGCCCAGACCUCACUCUGAGCAUGCGCGCGCGCGGGGCAAAGUCGGCCCCUCCGGAUUCUUCUCUUAAAGUCAUUUUAUCAUGGACUCGUGCGUGCUCCGUGUCCACCCCAAUAAAAGGAUGUUUGCUACUC